GAUCACCAGGGUGCGACUACCCUGGUAGCCUGGCCACGCCAAAAAUUACGAAUCAUAGAUCACCCGGACCGCGUGAGCAUCGUUCGAUAAAAGAGCUGUCACUUACGCAGUGUUGCGAAUUGUAAAUUCAAAUUUUUAACGUUCCACGUUCCUCGUCGAAUGGCUAAAAAUAAAUUUCAUCCAAAAAAAUUAACUCAAUGUGAAAAUUAUAUAUUUCUGUAAAAAAAAAAUUUUUCCAGUGACUGUGUAAAUUUAAAGGCUAAACCGAUAUCCGUGCGUCUUAUCUUAUUGGUUAAUAAUUGUAACAAUUUUUCAUUUCGGGCCAGCAACGCUUUGCGCGAGAGAAACGUAAAAGAGUGGGAUAAUUACCUGGGCAUAAUAUUCAAAGAUUACCUGAUCUGAUAAAAGGUACAAAAUGGAUGAUAAUAAUCGUGGCGAAACACUCUGCAAAGUCUGUGGCGACAAGGCAUCCGGUAAGCAUUAUGGCGUACCGAGUUGCGACGGCUGUCGUGGAUUCUUCAAGCGGUCGAUCCGCAGGUAUGCAAGAAAUCUGGAUUACGUCUGCAAGGAAAAUGGCCGGUGCAUCGUCGACGUAUCUCGUCGCAAUCAGUGUCAGGCUUGUCGGUUCACGAAGUGUCUUCAAGUCAACAUGAAACGAGAUGGUACGCUUCAGUCGAAUGCUGUUCAGCAUGAAAGGGCGCCAAGGAGUACCUCCACGUUGACAGCUGCUGUAAGGAGACCUCCUGGUGGACUGUAUCCAGGAAUUCCUCACGUUUAUCAUACAAGCAGUCCUUAUCAUCCUCUUCUUUAUCCAGCCCUCUUUCCCUUCAAGCCUUCGGUACCCAGUUUUGCUCACAGCGUCGCCCAUUUCCUUCCACGACCAUCGACGGAGCAGAGGACGACGAGCACAGGAAAAGAGGACGAAGUGACCAGUUCCGAAGAAGCAGCGACAGGAGAGAAUCAGACAACGAGAAAAGACUUUCCCCCAAAUGACACAGUCGGUACGCGGCUGGCUCCGCCAAUAAUUGGCCCCACUCUCUCCGAGUACACUUUGUCCAGUCUGUCCUUGUUACCGACCGAAAACGUGUACGAGUCCGCAGCCAAAUUGUUAUUCCUGGCAGUGAAAUGGGCUAGGAGUAUCCCUUCCUUUUUACAGCUGUCCUACAGAGACCAGUCUGUCCUACUGGAGGAAUCCUGGAGCGAACUUUUCGUACUCACAGCUGCGCAGUGGAACUUUCCGGUAGAGGAGUCGACGUUAGUACCAAUAGACGCCACCGCAGAAAGGCGUCAAAUUCUGUCAGAAGAGGCAAGGAGGUUGCGAGAAUUGUUAACGAAAUGUGUAAUGAUGCGAGUUGAUCAUUCGGAAUAUGCUUGUCUGAAGGCUAUAGUGCUUUUCAAAGGAGAAUCCAGAGGACUCUGCGAAGCUGCUCGUGUUUCAGCACUGCAAGAACAAACCGUGGCUGUUCUCGGUGAACGAGGAGCAGGAAGAGUAGGUCGUUUGCUUCUUUUGCUACCACCUGGACGUGCACUCUGUCGGGCUACCCUUCAGGAACUCCUCUUCAAGCCGAUCGUCGGCAACGUCAGUGUCGAGAGGCUUCUGGGCGACAUGGUACACGCUACUAGACCAGCUUAGUUGAUUUUGAUGGUUAAAAAUGAAUGAAGUUUGAAAAUACUGAUUUGACGUUAAAUUCAUCUUUCUGUCAUUAUCGAAUAGUCAUCUACUCUUUAGAGGUCGCUCGACAAUAUUGUAUCUAUAGAUAUAUAGUUCAUCUAGUCAAAACUAUCAUGAGAUCAUUGACAAAGAAUCCUAAUUCUCUAAUUUCGUGGUAACAGUGUCUCUAGUCAUUCCUGGUGCUCUCAAAUGUGUUACCUGUGAGAUAAUAAUGAUAAGGAAACGGGCUUGUGCAGUACUACGCUAAUCAUCGUCAAUGUAUAUAAUAUAUACCAUAAAGUAUUUAGUAAUGUCUCAUGUAAUAGAAUGACACAUAGGUGUCACGAAAGUUGUGCGUUCAAUAACUCUGGUUGAUGUAAUAUAUUCGAAUUCUUAAGGAUUCUUCUUAAAGGAUGUAAUUUGAAAUUUUUUUUUCCAGUCACGCUAAGAGUACUUGCUCGAUCCGCGUUCUUCUAAACAAAUAAAUGUGUACAUAGC